AUGUCGAGAGCCUCAACUCGGACGGUUUACGGGGAGAGGGAGACCAUCGUACGCUUUGACGAACCGCAGGCAAACAAACAAAAGAAGCCCUCGCACAUAGUCAUGUACGAGUGGUAUUCUGCCCACAGCCGCAAUGGCAAUGGACGGCUACCGUCACGCUCACUAUCGACAUGGACGAGCAUCGCCCAUCGACGAGGCCAUGCUGGUUCAACCUUUGCUGACCCAGACCCGGCAUCGACCUCGCAGCGCAGUCAUCACUGCUGCUGCUGCCGCCACCAUCAACUCCACGUCAGCACAGGAUAUCGCCAUUUCCAAUGUUUCACCGUUGUCACGGCGCCAGUCGCUCGUCUCUGUUUAUUCGGGGACUUGAGCACAGCCCACCGCGAGCUGGAGGGCUAUCUGAACCGCACCUCGUGUGAUCUGGUUGAUGCGGUUGAUGUGGUGGGGGAGACGCGGCGACGGACAAGUCUCGUGCAAAACAAAGACGACUCCCAGUUCCAUCUCGACUUCCAUCUCGACUCCGUCCUCGUCCUCGACUCACAAAACGCCAACGACGCCGACGGCUAUUCUUCCACAACACCAGUUUCCCCCGUGUCUCCCGUGUCUCCCGUGUCUCCCCUCGGCAGCAGCUACUAUUAUUCCACCUCCAAGUCAUCAUCGCCGCAGUCGCAAGUCAGCAGCUAUGAUGAGGACAUGUUCGCAGCUAUAGACGUCAAUGCCGCAGCCGCCGUCAUGGCCACCGAAUUCAAAGCAACCAGGAUCACGCCUGGAGUGCCCAACAAGCCGCCCUCGUCAUCGUCACGGUCAUCGCCGUCGCCAUUGUCACAGCUACAGUCACAGUCACAGUCACAGUCAUCACCAGCUUGCCCAUCACCCGUCGCCGGCUCCAGCAACACCACCACCAGCUCCAGGCCGACGCCAAACAAUAGCAACAAUGGUGGCACCCAGCAGCAGCAACAACAACUUCUCGAAAACCUAUUAUUGUCCACCACCAGAGUGGGCAAGGUGUGCCUGGUGCGUCCCCGCGCGGGGCCGUUCGAGGGUCAGUACGUCGCCCUGAUCACCACCACGGCCGUGCAUGCCCCGAACAAUGAACUCAUCACCUUGAUUCCUGAGGCUGAGCACGAAAUUGCGCAGAGGCGAAUCCACACCCUGAAAACAGCAGUCGCCGAAUGGGGUUCUGAUUCCCGCCGGCCCGAUGUGUGGAUUCUGCUGCAGUCAAUGGCCGUGAAUGGCGACGGUGAGCCCGAUGCCAGGAAAUUACAGACGUGGGUGCAGAAUAUUGGUGAAGAGGCUGAAGAGAGAAUUAUGGCUACGCAAUUCAUCAAGCACCGGAGGGGUGUACAGCAACAUCGCAGGCAAGGGAUCGAGUUUCCAGUCUCACAACCGCCACAACCACCGCCACGUCACCGUAACCACCAUCAUCGUCAUCAUCCUCAUCCCAUGCGCCCUGAUUCUUUUGUGAGACCUCACCUAGAGAUUGGCUACGAUAACAAUGGCCCCUCACAGCAACACCAACCUGAGAGUCCUACCCAGGACCCAGGACAGGAGGUCUACUUCCCCCUGGCUGUUAUGCAGCAGCUCUUCUUUAGGUCAUCAGUGAAGCGAAGUGUAGAGGCAUCUGUCAUCACUGGCCCGAAAUACCGCUUCAGCCAAAGUAUACUUUUGAAUGUAAAGGGCGAUGUGGCCUUGGCAGAUAUCGAAGCCGCCGUCAGCGUUUUAGUAUCACGACACUCCAUGCUAAGGGCUCGAUUCAGACUGACCAGCCAGGGCUGGGCACAAGUCAUCGCCCCCGAGUCGAACCGUGCUUACAGAUUCGAGCACAGGUAUAUCAACGACGACGACGAUUUACUGACUGUCAUUGAUCAGGCCCAGCAAUCGUUAAAUGUCUUCAAGGGUCCCGUCUUUACGGUCAAGCACAUUAGAAAUACCGAGAAUAAGCAGCUACUGUAUCUUGCCGCUCACCACCUAGUUGUCGACUCGGUCUCGUGGAAGAUCUUGCUCCAUGACCUGGAUGAAUUGCUUCGAGAGGGAACACUUGUCUCCGAGCCCUCGAUACCAUUUACAUACUGGACAGACUAUCAGAGCUACGAAAAUAGCCAGCGGUUAAUUGAACCGAACCUGCCGUUCGAAAUUGUCCCCGCAAACCUGAGAUACUGGGGCUUGGAGGGCCACUCCAACCUGUACGGAGACACUACGCACCUGAACUUUGCCUUGCCACGGGACUCGGCAUCUGCUUUGAAGAAAACGUGCAACAAUGUCUUCCGGACCGAGUCUGCAGACGUUUUCAUCGCUGCAUUGUUAUAUUCCUUCCAUCAGACAUUCCCUGACCGCUCCAUUCCUACCGUCUGGAAGAAAGAGCAUGGCCGAGAUGCUCGAAAUAGCGACUUCAAUGUCGCAGAGACGGUUGGAUGGUUCACCGCGCUCUGCCCAAUUAGUGUGCCGGUCCAUCCUGGCUCGGAUUUGAUCCAUUUGAUCAAGCUGCUCAAAGAUUCUCGUAAAGCGGUUUCGGAAAAUGGCACACCAUACUUCCAAUCAAAAUUCGCCGCCGACGACACGGCUGCCACCUCCUUGCCAGUCGAAGUCAUGUUCAACUGCAUCGACACUCUUAACCAGCUACAGAGGGAAAAUGGCAUCUUGGAGCCCGUCGCUGCCCCUGACCGUGAAGUCCGCUCCUUGGCGUCUGACGUAGGGCCUGCAGUUGGCCGCAUUGCCCUUUUCGAGGUUUCCGUGGGCCUUGAUGAUUACGGUGCCAGGGUAGAGUUCUCCUUCAAUGUGAACUCGAGGCAUCAGGAUCGCAUUACACAGUGGAUGCAUAAUUUUGAGAGUUCCAUCUUGCGCGCCGUCUCUCGCCUAGGGGUCAUGCAGCCUGAACUGACGCUUUCAGAUGUGCCUCUUUUGGAAACAUCUUAUGAGGCAUUGUCAAAGCUCAUGUCGAAGCAGCUUGUUGAUGUUGGCAUCAAUGGAGUUGACAAUAUUGAGACAAUCUGCCCCGUGGACCUCGUUCAGCAGGAGAUUUUGGUCGCCCAAAGCAUCGAUCCCAACUGCUUCCACGUCAGUCGCACAUAUGAACUUGCCACCGUCGAUGGGUCGGAAGUUUGCCGAGACACACUCUGCUCCGCCUGGCAAACACUUGCCGCUUCCCAUAGCAUCUUGAGGAGCAUUUUCAUCGACAGUGUGUCAGAGAAGGGACUCUUUGAUCAAAUGGUUCUGAAGAAGACCUCACCCGACAUGCUAUUCUUGGACUCGAACGACCCUAUGGAGACUCUUUCAUCGCUGCCCCCCAUGAGGCCGUCAAAGUCUAUGCCGAGACAUAGACUCUCAGUGAGUCGGUCGGACAAAACUGCGUACCUAAGAAUUGAUUGCAGCCAGGCACUGUGCGAUUUGACUGCCAUCCACAACUUGGUUGUUCAGCUUCGAGAGUUGUAUAUGGGCAGAAAAUUGGUCAUUUCUAGUCCGUUACCUCCCCGACAAACCCGCCACAUCGCUUCACGCGAGGCUCCUCGGAGCGUUGAAGUAUGGAGGUCCUACCUCAAUGGAGCCACACCAUGCGCUUUUCCUCACCUUGCUAUCCAAAAACAAGGACGUCUCGAGUCACGGGGCAUUGGUCUCGACAUUAGCCGGCAUCAGCUAUCCCAGUUCUGCGCCUAUAACCAACUAGAUCUGUCUACCGUCAUUCAGUUAGCCUGGGCGUUUGUUCUGCGAACGUACGUCGGAGAAGACCGUGUCAUUUUCGGAUACUCGUAUGCUGGUAGAGAUGCACUUGUCGUGCCUGGUAUGAAGCGUUAUGUUGGCAGCCUGGCCACCUUUGUGCCCUGCUUGGUCGACUUUUCGCCCAUGUCAAGUGUGCUUGACCUCUUGUGGCAGUUGGAAAGAAUGGCCAAGGAUUCUCGGGAGACGGAAGCUCCAACCUUGGCCGAGAUUGAGCACUCGCUUGGCAUCCAGGGCCAGAGCCUCUUCAACACAUGUGUGACCUGUCAGGAUGUUGAUGACACCAUCUUGAGCGAUUCUGACUCGGACAGCGGCGUCUGGGAGCCCGUUCUACUUGCCAAUACCAUCGAUGGCAACUGCGACGUCUCUCUUUGUGUGACACUCCGCGAGGACCGCAUUCAAGCGGAUGUGAGCUAUUCUUGCUUGUCGCCGGCGCAACUCCACAACGUUAUGAAUACAUUCCAACGUGCUCUGCAGGUCAUCAUCAACAAUCCUGCACAGCUAUGUUCACAAGUUGACUUAUUCACAGAACAUGACUUCCAGCAGAUUAUGAAUCCUGACUGGGAAGAGGAGCAGACCGACACCAAGAUCUCAGCAUGCCUGCACCAGCUUAUUCUCAAACAGUGCGAAGUUCGCCCCAAUUUCCCGGCCAUUUAUGCUUGGGAUGGCGAGCUUUCUUACCAGCAGGUCCGAGCUAGUGUCACUGCACUAGCCACAUAUCUUGUCAACAUUGGUGUUCAUCCCGGCGUUCUGGUUCCCAUCGUCUUGGAGAAGAGCCGCUGGUCGCCGGUCAUUAUGCUUGCUGUGAUGCAAGCAGGCGGCUGCUGUGUCUGCCUGGACGCUCAGGACAUGGUCAUGGUCGAAGCCAUGAUUAAUCAGCUCGCGCCAGAACUUGUAGUUGUUACGGAGGGGUCAUACAAGCACUUGGACCUUUCUAACACGCCUUUCGUUUUGGUCAACGAAACGUUCCUGUCGUCUCUUCCCCCACAGGUUAGUGUAAAGUUGAAAGACUCUCUCCCACAGCAAGCAGCUUGUGCCUUCCUAGCACCGGGCAUUGAGAAGCCAAAGGGAUGCUUCUUUACUCAUGAAUCGCUGUGCUCUAUUCUCUCGGUUCAGGGACAAGCCCUGAAGAUCCACAAUGGCAGUAGAGUGCUUCAGCUCUCUGCUUAUACCGUUGACAUUGCGCUUGUCGAGAUUCUAGGCACAUUGCUCCACGGGGGGUGUGUCUGCAUCCCCUCCCCGUUGGAGCGCGUAAAUGACUUGGAGGGCACUAUUGCUCGCAUGGAUAUUACUUGGACUUAUAUGACAACGGUUUUGUCACGAAAGAUCAACCCAGCCAAUGUGACGAACUUGCAAACCAUCUGCUUCCGCACAAGAACUCUUGAUGAAGAUGCGUUCAAGCCAUGGCUUGGCAACAGGGACAUUCUUCUUGCUUACGGCGCUCCGGAUGUAUGCCCACUCGCGAUUUCAGUUUUCAACGUUGCGGAGUCUAGCGAUACCAACAUCAUUGCUCCGCCUCUCCUCGGUCGGUUCCUGAUCCUCAACCCUGAGGAUCCCAAGAAGUUGAUGCCUCUUGGUGCUGUUGGGGAACUAGCUAUUGAUAGCCCCAUCGUGACACCUCACAAGUACGUUCAUGGCAAUCCCCUCAUGGACCCGGCGGCUUUCCAGCAAAUCCGUGGUGAACGAAAAUGGCGCUACUUGAGAACGGGUCAUCGCGUGCGAUACCUCGACCGGGGGCAUAUUCGCUUCCUUGCGAGCAUGCGAGAUGAAGUCCUGGUCAAUGGAUCUCCGGCCUUGAUUGCUGUCUUGGAACAACAAAUUCGACAAUGUCUCGGCGGCGAUGUAGAUGUUGCCGUGGAGCCCAUCACAACCAGCAACAACGUCAACUCUCUUGCUGCGUUUCUGGAAUUCGGCGACAGCGAGUUUGUUGGACCGUCUGAGCUCGACAAGUUGACAAUGCAGAUGAGAUCCAAGCUCGCUGCUGUCAAAUGGCUGGCAGAAACGUCCCUGGCCCAGGCUUCAAAGCUUAGCCACUCUACUUGCGUCCCAAAGCUCUUCAUCCCCAUCCGUAGAUUCCCACUGUCCACCUCGCUCAAGAUUAAUAGACGCAAAUUGCAGAAGAUGGCCUCUCCAUUUUCGUACACUGACUUGCUAGAAUUGGCAAAUGUCCCUUUUAGCAGCCAGCCUCACUUCACGGGGAUUCAGAGCAAACCACUCCCACUUACACAAACUGAAGAAUCAAUGCGUCUCAUCUGGGCGGCCGUGUUGCACGCCAUGGUCGGGGAUAUUAAGACGACAGAUAGCUUCCUGGAUGCCGGCGGUGACAAACUCCUGGCUAUGAAACUUGUUCUGUCCUGCCGCCAGAAUGGUUUCGAUGUUCAAAUCAGCAAACUUCUCAGCGGAGCCACGCUCACGGAAAUGUGUCAGUCCCUGGAAAUCAAAGAGCAUCAUCUCAUCAAGGCACCCAAGCCCAAGACCUCUCCUAAGCCCAGCGUCGCAGCCCGCAAGCUACCUGAAGGUACAGACCAUGGCUUCGUCAAGCUCGUGGUUGCGCCGCAACUCGACAUCCCCUGGAACGAUGUCAUCGAUGUUGCUGAAGCAUCUUCCCACCAGCUCCAUUGCCUUGAGCCCAGUCUCUACGGACCCAGGAGUGACAUUCGUUGCCUCGUUGUCAAUUUCAAUGGCUCUAUUCGCGCGCAACGCGUCGAGGAAGCAUGUGAGGCCCUCACUCGCCUGCACCCUUCUCUUCGAACUGCCUUCGCCGUGCACGACUGCAACCUGUUCCAAGUUGCCAUUGACUCGUUCCACGCAGACUUUGAGCGAAAGUCUGUGUCAGCGUCUUCUGUAGACAAGGAGAUGCAGCAGGUCUUGAAGCGCAUGCAGAAGGAGGUGCUCCAGUUGAGAGAGCCGGCUACCAAGUUUGCCUUCUUGGAUGCUGGACAACAUGGCGGCAAGUUGAUCAUCCGAUUCAGCUAUGCUCAAGUCAGUGAGUCUGCUGUGCCGCGAUUGGUCCAGGAUUUCGUCAAGUUGUACGAACACCCCACGAUGGAGCGCCGCCGGACCUCCUUCUUCGACUACACUCGUGCUCUGAGAGGUGCGCGAUACGAUGACAGCAGGGUAUACUGGAGACAAAGACUUGAAAAAGCCAAGGUCACUCAGGUUGUUCCCCGUUCAAAGCCUCUUCCUCCAGUUUCCGAAGUCAAAUCCUUCCAGGAGCAAGUCAAGAUUUCAUCGCUCACCGACUUCAAUAUCACAUUCGACAGUGUCCUCAAGGCCGCUUGGGCCAUGGUCAUGGCCACGCUGUCCGGUAGCCCGGACGUUGUCUUUGGUGAAAUCGUCGAAGGACGUCGCCUCAAGCUGGAGACCAGUGUGGAUGUGUCGUCCAUUGCAGGUCCCAUGGAGAACAUUGUGCCCAUUCGGGUGCGGUUCCCAAUUGUCAAUAGUUCGCCCUUGCAGGUUCUCCAGCUCAUCCAGCGAGACAGCGCCGCUUCUCUUCCCUAUGAAGCCAUGGGCGCGCAGAAAAUUGCACAAGAAUGCACAGAUUGGGCCAGCUGGUCGCGAUUCAGCACCGUCGUGCGACACAGAACGCAGGUUCCCGUCGAUGGAACCACCACGUUGAACAUUGACAACACGACGUUUACUUAUAACCUCCUUCAGCCACAGGUUCGAGAUGUUCCCGAUCUCUUUGCCAGUUCUACCAUGAUGUCACCAGACAAGGUCUCGCUCAGCAUCGAGUACUCCCCAGACCGGGUCCCCGAGCAUUUCGCACAAGCAGCCAUGAGGCUCCUCGUCGCAUCCGUCGAAACUCUCGCCUGCUAUGACACCAUCAGUCAGCCCAUUCUCCAGCCAUCAAGCGACUACGAAUCUCUCCCGCCGCGUGUCCUCCUCGAAAAACCCGAGCCAGACGUCACACAGCCCUCAUACACGCAUUGGCUCUCCGCCGAGCAACGCAGUACUCUCCAGCAAUUCCUGAUAUCCAGCUGGAACGAGCUCCUCCACCCGCAUCUCGCGACGCAGGGCAUCUCCGAAACUGACCUUCUGCAUUCCCGCUUCUACGACAUCUCGGGCUCCCUCCUCCCCGCAUACCUCUUUGCUCAACGCCUCAACCACGACCUUCGCAAGGUCGAAAUCGAAGGCAUCCACACCGUACACAUGACGGCCGUCGAAGUCAUCACCACGCCCACCAUCAGCGGCCAAAUGGACCUCAUCACGCGCAAGAUGCACCAGGCCGGCGUCCUCUGCAAGCCCGGCCGCAAGAAGCCAGUCGUCAGCUUCCAUGCCGGCUUCACCCCGACCAAGACUUCAUCCUACAACUGGGCGCUUCUCAACAAAGGAAAAGGUCGCUUCCGUCGCCUCCGCCACGGCGGCAGCCACGGAUCCAUGAAGGACUUUUCCACAAAGGCAGGCGACUGGGUAAAGUCGCGAGUAAAUCUCAGCAAAGAGCGCAGCCCCAUCCUCCCAGAAGGCGUCAUUCACGAACCAAGCAGCUGGGAGGCCCUCAACAGCGAUGCCGUCGGCAUCAAGGACGGCGGCGGGGGCGGCGGCAUGCUGUCUGUGCCCGAGGAAGCCGUGGAAAUCGGCUCGAGUUCUGUCGUCGACCAGCGACAUCAGACCGGCGGCGAGGUGAGCCCCCUGAGUGGCGGGUCGCCCAGGACGAGCUGGAAGGAGGACUCGAGAAAUGCGAGUGGUUCUAUAUCUCCAUGA